AUGGGAACGCAGCCGCGAUGUUUCAAUGGAGCCACGUGCCGAAACACGGACGGUGGAUUCACGUGCAACUGUGCAAACGGUUGGCAAGGGCCGCUGUGUUCUAUAGACAUCGACGAGUGCUCAGAGAUAAAACCUUCACCCUGCCUUAAUGGCGGCAGCUGUACAAACAUCCUGGCGUCCUACUUCUGCACGUGCGCAUCAGAUGAUGACAUAUGUAGGACACAGACGCCCUGUAAGAACAGCGGCACGUGCACCAAUAGCGGGGGAGGCUCAUACUACUGCACGUGCGCUCAAGGAUACACCGGCACCAAUUGCGAAACCGAUAUUAACGAAUGCGAGACCGGUGCGUGUCAGCACAAUGCCACGUGCGUCAACUUACCGGGAUCCUUUGUCUGCUCGUGCCCUGCCGAGUGGACCGGAACAAUGUGUGAAACAGAUGUGAAUGAAUGCAAGGAUCUCUCCUUGUGUCAAUACGGCGGUACGUGUACAAAUACAAACGGAGGGUACACGUGUGUAUGUACCAGCGGCUUUAGGGGGAAAAACUGCAACUUGGAUGUUCCGGAGUGUUCUCUCGGAUACUGCAAAAACGGUGCAGAAUGUACGGAUUUUCUUGGAGGAUACUACUGCUUAUGCAUCGGUGACUGGACCGGCGAUAACUGUUCCGUCGACGUGGACGAAUGCACCACUGGCGCCCCCUGCAUGUUUGGAGGGACGUGCAGGAACACCGUGGGCUCAUUCAUGUGUCAGUGUCCGACAGGGCGUCUAGGGAAGACUUGCGAAACGGGUGUUGAUGAAUGCCUGCUGACCCCUGACCUUUGCAAGAAUGGCGGGAUAUGUACGGAUACUCCUCUUUCCUUCGUCUGCCAGUGUCCAGCAAACUGGCAAGGACAGACAUGCACGAUUGACGUAAAUGAGUGCCCCAAUGUUACCUGCUCCCACGGUGGUGUAUGCAGCAACAGCCCUGGUAGUUUCCAGUGCGAGGGCUGUGAUGCGGGGUGGACAGGACAGCUGUGUGAUCGAAAUAUUAACGAGUGUAAUCUACCAACCUCGGCCUGCGACCACGGGGGUCGAUGUACGGACAACCCAGGGUCCUUCACCUGCGAUUGCACCGGAACCGGUUAUGAGGGGUCGAGAUGUUCCAUUGAUAUCAAUGAGUGUACACGCGCUCCUUGUGCCAAUGGCGGGACAUGCACAAACUCACUGGGCUCCUUUACCUGCGCAUGCGAAGCUGGCUUGACGGGAAACAACUGUAGUACAGACAUAAACGAGUGCACUCCGGGCAAUCCAUGUGCGAAUGGUGGAACUUGCUCCAAUUCAUUCGGCUCGUACACCUGUUCGUGUACUCAGUUUUACACCGGUAAAACUUGCCAGGACGAUGUUGACGAAUGUACGAACAACCCUUGUAAAAAUGGUGGGAAAUGUACGAAUACGUUUGGAGGCUACCAGUGUGACUGCACGGCUGGCUGGACCGGGCCAUUUUGUACCAUCGAUGCGGACGAGUGUUCAAGAAGUCCUCUGGUAUGUCAGCACGGGACGUCAUGCACGAACACAAUUGGAAGCUACUCGUGUGACUGUAUGGGGAAAUGGACGGGACAUAACUGUGAAACUGAUAUCGACGAAUGCAUAACACUUGGUUCGAAUGCCUGUUUCUCUGGGGGAACCUGCGUCAACCAGCCCGGGUCGUUCCGAUGCGCUUGUCCGUCCGGUUUAACAGGAGCACGUUGUGAAACGGAUAUCAACGAGUGCACUAUAGUUCCCCCGUUCUGCAAGAAUGGAGCAAACUGUACGAACUACUUCAACUCGUACGAGUGCAAGUGUGCGGAGGGCUGGGAGGGACAGCAUUGCGAAAUCAAUAUCAACGAAUGUGCUAUCGGUAAAUGCGUCAACAGCGUCAACUGCCGGGACACAAAUGGUUCGUUCGUAUGUACGUGUAUGCCCGAAUGGACUGGGACACUUUGCGAUCAAGACCUAGACGAGUGUUCUCUGAACCAAAAUCUGUGCCAGAACGGUGGCGUGUGCCAAAAUAUGCCCGGCGACUAUCGGUGCGUCUGUACGAAGGAAUGGACGGGACGGAACUGCGAACGAGAUGUGGAUGAAUGCACGUCUGCGCUCUGCAAGAAUAAUGCCACGUGCACGAAUACCGCGGGUGGUGCACAGUGCACGUGCGUCGCCGGUUGGCAAGGGCCCACAUGCGAAACGGAUGUCAACGAAUGUAACGUCGGCUCUCACAAUUGUCAGAACGGCGCAUGCUCCAAUACGCCCGGGGGUUUCAUAUGCGUAUGCAGAACCGGAUGGAUCGGACUCAACUGCUCACAGAACAUCAAUGAGUGCACGGAUGGGACGCACACGUGUCUGAACGGAGCCACGUGCGUAGAUCUCCCUGGCACAUAUAGCUGCACGUGCCUCGCUGGUUGGACCGGAAAGUCGUGUGGCAACGAUGUUGAUGAAUGCUUCUUGGGGCUCGCGACCUGUCAGAAUGGCGGCACGUGUGUGAACAAUCCCGGCUCCCACAGUUGUACCUGCGCCUCGGGAUUCGACGGACAAUACUGUCAGAGAGACAUUGAUGAAUGCAACAAAGGCACCCACACAUGUAGAAAUGGGGCAACCUGUGUAAAUACCCAUGGAAAAUUCACUUGUACUUGUAUGGAGGCCUGGAUGGGAGAAACUUGUGAACAAGAUGUGAAUGAAUGCACGAGUGGCGUUGCUCAAUGCGCUAAUGGAGCCACUUGCCAGAAUUCGAUUGGCUCGUACAGAUGUAAUUGUCUCGCCGGGUAUGAAGGACAACUGUGCAGGACCGAUAUCAACGAAUGCACCAGGGGAACCUUUAUCUGCCACAACGGCGCCACAUGCGUGAACAGCCCGGGCUCCUUCUCAUGUUCUUGCUCAAGCGGCUGGGCCGGACCUUCGUGUGCUCAAGAUGUUGAUGAAUGUCUUGCUGGUUCCCACCAGUGUUCAAAUGGCGCCACGUGCUUGAACAAUAAUGGUUCAUACACGUGCGUCUGCCCACCGGGAUAUCAAGGAACAUAUUGCAAGAACGAUAAAGACGAGUGCACAUUGAACACACACACGUGUGCGAACGGACAGUGCGUGAACAGUGAGGGGUCGUUCACCUGCACGUGCAACGCAGGGUGGUGGGGAAGCACGUGUAACCUAGAUUUCGAUGAAUGUGCGGCUAUUCCCAGCCCUUGCACACGAGGCACGUGUCAGAAUACUGCAGGCUCCUACAAAUGCGUCUGUCCUUCCGGAUGGACCGGACCAACGUGUGAAAUAGAAAUCAACGAGUGUCAGACGGUUACAGACCUGUGCACACACGGCUUCUGCAAUAACACAGAAGGCACAUAUACAUGUAUAUGUGAUUCCGGCUGGGCAGGAGUCAACUGUAGUGAAGACGUCAACGAGUGUGCGUCUGGGAACCACACAUGCGCAAACGGGGUCUGCGUCAACACGAUAGGUUCCUACACGUGUACCUGCUCAGUCGGAUGGACGUCCGCAAAGUGUGAUGUCGAUGUCAACGAAUGUUUAAACGGAACUACACUUUGCUUUCGCGGAUCUUGCGUGAACAAUCUGGGUUCGUUCACGUGCGACUGCACGGGCACCGGCUUUACUGGGGCAACAUGCUCGAUAGACAUUGACGAAUGCACAUCAGGGACCCAUAACUGCCAACAUUCGUCUACCUGCGUUAACUCUGUUGGUGCCUACGAGUGUCGCUGUGCUGUCGGAUGGACGGGGAGGUUGUGCGAAUCAGACGUGGACGAGUGCUCCUCGAUGACCCACACGUGCAUGAACAUGUCCACGUGCGUGAACACCUUGGGCUCAUACACGUGCACGUGUCGGGUAGGCACGACUGGACGGUACUGUGACCAAGACGUUAACGAAUGCCUAGAAGGGUUGUUUGAUUGCGGUCAUGGGCGAUGUGAGAAUACAGUAGGUGCCUAUAGCUGCAAGUGUGAGACUGGCUGGACUGGACCACUGUGCGACAAAGAUAUUAACGAAUGCAUAGAGAAGAUUCAUAGAUGCCAAAAUGGUUCGUGUGAGAAUUCAAAUGGCUCCUAUUCGUGUUAUUGUCAAUCCGGAUGGUCCGGUGCUCUUUGCGAUACCGAUAUUGACGAAUGUGCAGCGCUUUCCAAUCCAUGCGCACACGGCACGUGCACAAACGAGCCCGGUUCAUAUACGUGUAACUGCACGUCUGGAUGGUCAGGACUUUAUUGUGACAGUGACGUCAACGAAUGUCUCCUGCUGCCUAAUCCCUGUAAACACGGAACUUGCAAUAACACCAAUGGUACCUAUGUAUGUACCUGUGAACCCGGUUGGACAGGUCAGCUAUGUGAUACCGAUAUCAAUGAAUGCGUCGAACAGAUUCACGCAUGCGCACACGGUACCUGCGAAAAUACAGAUGGUUCGUACGCUUGCAAAUGCGACCCUGGUUGGACAGGAACGUUUUGCAAUAAUGACAACAACGAAUGCAUUAAUGCGACCCAUACCUGUGUUCAUGGUACCUGUGUUAAUUCGGAGGGAUCAUACGCGUGUAUCUGUGAUCCAGGCUGGACAGGAAAGUUUUGUAGUAAUGAUACAAACAACUGCGCCAAUCCGACACACGCAUGCGCACACGGCUUCUGUGAAGGCGUAAAUGGUUCAUACAUAUGCAAUUGUCAAACAGGUUGGACAGGAGAGUUUUGUGAUAUUGAUAUUAACGAAUGUGUCCAGCCUACAAUCCCCUGUCUACAUGGUACAUGUAAUAACACCGGUGGCUCCUUUAUGUGCAAUUGUGAACCUGGCUGGGAAGGGAAGUUGUGUGACAAAGACGUCAACGAAUGUCUCCUGCUGCCUAAUCCCUGUAAACACGGAACUUGCAAUAACACCAAUGGUACCUAUGUAUGUACCUGUGAACCCGGUUGGACAGGUCAGCUAUGUGAUACCGAUAUCAAUGAAUGCGUCGAACAGAUUCACGCAUGCGCACACGGUACCUGCGAAAAUACAGAUGGUUCGUACGCUUGCAAAUGCGACCCUGGUUGGACAGGAACGUUUUGCAGUAAUGAUACAAACAACUGCGACAAUCCGACACACGCAUGCGCACACGGCGUCUGUGAGAGCGCAAAUGGUUCAUACAUAUGCAAUUGUCAAGCAGGUUGGACUGGAGAGUUUUGUGAUAUAGAUAUUAACGAAUGUGUCAAGCCUACAAAUCCCUGUCUACAUGGUACAUGUAAUAACACCGAUGGCUCCUUUAUGUGCAAUUGUGAACCUGGCUGGGAAGGGAAGUUGUGUGACAAAGAUAUCAAUGAAUGCCUCAAUCUAACAACACCUUGUUCACGCGGUACUUGUGAGAAUACAAAUGGCUCCUUUAGAUGUAGCUGUGCAUCUGGUUGGACAGGACGGUUUUGUGAAUCUGAGAUCAACGAAUGUGAAGCCGACAUUGAUAAGUGUCUCCAUGGUUACUGUAACAACACCCAGGGGACGUACACGUGUAUAUGUGAUGCGGGUUGGGCAGGGAUUCUGUGCGACGAAGACGUGAAUGAGUGCAACGUGGCAGGCAACCCUUGUGCAAAUGGCGGAACAUGCAUUAACAACGUGGGGUCCUUUACCUGUGGCUGUAGGGCGGGUUACACUGGCGCAACAUGUGAUCUCGACAUCAACGAAUGUAAUGCAGCACCAGGUCCAUGUGCAAACGGAGCCACGUGCACAAAUACUGUUGGUUCUUACACAUGCGGGUGUACACCAGGGUACACGGGCUCAACAUGCAAUACAGAUGUUGAUGAAUGCAAUGUCACGAAUGCAUGCACCAAUGGCGGUACAUGCACAAAUACCAUUGGCUCUUUUAAUUGUUCCUGUUAUGCUGGAUUGACUGGCGUGCAUUGCGACAUCGACAUCAAUGAAUGCGAUUCUAUUAACAAUCCCUGCGUAAAUGGCGCGAACUGCACGAAUACGAUUGGUUCGUUCUCUUGCGGUUGCCCAAUUGGAUUUCAAGGAACAACGUGUGGCGAAGAUAUCAACGAAUGCACAUCGGGACCAAAUCCAUGCAAUAAUGGAGGGACCUGUACAAACGCUGUAGGCUCCUUCACUUGCACUUGCAGGCCAGGGUAUUCAGGGCAGACUUGCAGCACAGAUGUGGACGAAUGUACCUUUACACCUGGUCCAUGUGCGAAUGGAGGAACAUGCACGAACACGGAUGGAUCGUUCACUUGUAGAUGUACCCCAGGCUUUACUGGCCCAACAUGUAAAACAGAUGUGGACGAAUGUACCGCAACACCUGGUCCAUGUGCAAAUGGAGGAACAUGCACCAACACUGUUGGAUCGUUCACUUGUAGAUGUACACCAGGUUUUACUGGCCCUACAUGCAACACAGAUGUGGACGAAUGUACCGCAACACCUGGUCCAUGUGCAAAUGGAGGAACAUGCACGAACACUGUUGGAUCGUUCACUUGUAGAUGUACACAGGGUUUUACUGGCCCUACAUGCAACACAGAUGUUGAUGAAUGUACUGACUCAGAAAACCCAUGCAAAAAUGGCGGGACGUGUACUAACACAGUCGGUUCUUUUAGUUGUUCCUGUCAACGUGGCCUAACUGGAGCUCAGUGUGAUAUUGAUAUCAAUGAAUGCAAUUCUACAAGUAAUCCGUGCGCAAAUAGAGCGAACUGCACGAAUACCUUUGGGUCGUUCUCGUGUGGUUGUCCCAUGGGAUUUCAAGGGACUACGUGUGACGAAGAUGUUGAUGAAUGCACAGUCCAAGAAAACCCGUGCAAAAAUGGCGGGACGUGUACUAACACAGUCGGUUUUUUUAGUUGUUCCUGUCAACGUGGUCUAACGGGAGCUCACUGUGAUAUUGACAUCAAUGAAUGCAAUUCUACGAGCAAUCUAUGCGCUAAUGGGGCAAACUGCACGAAUACCUUUGGGUCGUUUUCGUGUGGUUGUCCAGUGGGCUAUCAAGGCACAACGUGCGGCGAAGAUGUUGACGAAUGCACGACGGUACCAAAUCCUUGCAGUAACGGAGCGACGUGUAUAAACAGUGUUGGCUCGUUCACUUGCACCUGUCAGCCUGGGUAUUCAGGACAGACUUGCAAUACAGACAUUAACGAGUGCAACUCUGCUACAAAUCCGUGUAGAAACAACGCCACGUGUACAAAUACCAUUGGAUCUUACACUUGCGGUUGCGUUAAUGGAUUUACUGGCCUAACUUGUGACACGGACAUCAACGAGUGCGCUGCCUCCACUAACCCAUGUACCAAUGGCGGAACGUGUGUUAAUACAGUUGGCUCGUUCACUUGCACAUGCAUGGGAGGGUAUACCGACCCGACUUGUCAAACAGAAAUCAACGAGUGCGCGGCUGGAUCACACGCGUGUGUGAACGGUUACUGUAACAACACGGAAGGCACAUACACCUGCAUAUGUAAUGCAGGAUGGUCGGGUACACUCUGCGACAGUGACGUCGAUGAAUGUCGUGCUACAACUGGUAAUCCCUGCAAAAACGACGCCACUUGUGUCAACACGAUUGGAUCGUUUACCUGCACGUGCAAUGCAGGUUUUACUGGUGUAAUUUGCGACCAAGAUAUGAAUGAGUGUGCUGCAGCUACAAAUCCUUGUCAGAAUAGUGGCACGUGCUCAAAUACGAUUGGUUCGUUUACCUGCGCAUGCGUGCCGGGAUACACGGGACUGACGUGUUCUGAUGAUUUCAAUGAAUGUGCUGCAGCCGUCAAUCCUUGCCAGAAUGGUGGCACGUGCUCAAAUACUAUUGGUUCGUUUACGUGCGCGUGCGUGCCGGGGUACACGGGGCUGACGUGUUCUGAUGAUAUAAACGAAUGCACGACGUCAAAUCCGUGUCGCAACGGCGGAUCAUGUAACAACACAGUUGGUUCUUACACGUGCGCAUGUAACCCGGGAUAUACUGGCAAAAAUUGCUCAACAGAUGUAGACGAGUGUGCAGGAAUCAACCCAUGCAUGAAUAGCGGGACGUGUACAAAUGCUGUUGGUUCAUUCGUAUGCGGCUGUCUUCGAGGUUACACCGGAACGGUUUGCGAGAUAGAUAUCAAUGAGUGCUUAGCCCCAACUGGAAACCCGUGCAGGAAUGGGGGAACUUGCACAAACACUGUCGGAUCGUAUACGUGCGCAUGCGCACCGGGCUAUAGUGGAACAGUGUGCGACAACGAUUCCAACGAGUGUUCCGCUCUGAACCCAUGUGAGAACGGUGGCACGUGCGUGAACACGGUUGGGUCCUACAUCUGCACGUGUGCCGCGGGAUAUACCGGUCCAAAGUGCGGCACCGACAUCAACGAGUGUUUGGCUCUUUCCGGUAAUCCAUGUAAGAAUGGCGCAACCUGCGUGAACACCUUUGGUUCCUUCACAUGUACUUGCACAGCUGGGUUUACUGGCGCCGACUGCAAUAUUGACAUCAACGAAUGUUUUGUGGGAACACCAUGUACAAAUGGCGGGACCUGCACCAACACACUUGGUUCGUUUACAUGCACGUGCGCACGAGGAUUCGCCGGAGCUAUCUGUGAGAUAGUAACGUCCACGUCGUUCGCCAUCAGUUUUGACACCGUUGGGCUUACUGUUACUUCUGACCUUCUGGACAAUACAUCCGUAGCGUUCCAGACUCAUAAACAGGCGCUCUGUACUGACAUGAUGGCCUACUUACCCACGUUCCCGCCAUUCAAUGCAUUUUUCGACUGCGAUUUGCUGCAGUUCAGAACUACACCAACUGGAUUCACAUGGCUGGCUAAAUUCGAUGGAAACAUGUCAGCAAAUACAGGUGAUGCAGUGAGGCAAAUGAUUUUGGAAAACAGACAGCGAAUACGGGUGGGGGACUUCUAUGCUGUUCGGGUCGGCAAUCUAACAGUCAAACAAGGACCAUACAUAGCAACUAAUGUUGCACGGACGGAGAGGCUUCUCAAUUUCACAUACGUAUCAGAUCUAGCAGACAGAAACUCGGCACUUUUCCAGAAGUACCAAACAUCGUUCUGCAACCAGGUUCAACAGUUGAUGAACGCCAGCUCGGCAAGAUUUCCCAACUUCCUGCAUUGUUCCAUCCUUUCGUUCAAUAACAGUAAUCCCGCUGAGCCGACCUUCACCUUCAAUCUGGAGUUCGAAGGGCAAUUCGACGCUGACUCGUUGUCACAAGAGUUCAAAAAUGCUGUCGACACCAACUUUCCUCAGUAUGUGUUCGAUCGCUACAACUACUACCAGAUCGGGGACCUACAAGUGUUUGCGAGGAACAUCCCUGCAUAUACGUCUGCCGGAUUCGAGUUUCAAAUACUAAACGUAAACUGGUCAAGCGCUCUCGGUGAUGCCUCUUCAAGUUUAUACAAACAGUAUGCCGACGGGUUUUGUUCAAGGAUCAAUACCAUAAUGCAGGGCAUCCUGUCAUAUGACACAUGCCGUGUUACUGGAUUCAAAAAUUCUCAGCCGUUCGUUAACGUGACUGUGAAUCUGAGCUUCUUUGCCAAUCUGAACCCGUCUAGUGCGCAGAGUGCGGUGGCUGAUCGUAUAGCGGUUGCUACGCCCAUUGAACGCUACAACAGUCUCUACAUCGGCAACCGAGUCGACCAGCUGCUUGUCUAUUUUGAUUCGAUAGUGCAGUACUACAAAAUUCCGUACGAUGGCUGGAUAAUGAAUGUUACCUAUUCGCAUUUCGGAUCACCAUGGGACCCCCAACUUCUCAACCAAUCCAGUAGCGAGUUCAUCAAUAAACAGACGUACUUCUGUGAAAAGAUGACCGAGGCAUUUAGGAAUUCAUCGCUUCUUGGCGGCCGAUACCUCAAGUGCUUUAUCCACAAUUACAACUACGACCGAAACCGAAUUGGUGCAGAAAUGCAGUCAACGGUAUCUCUUGUGUUCGACGGCGUGGUGCCUGUGAUGAGCAGCGAAUUCCAGCAAGUCAUUAAGUCGUUUCCGGAUGUUACUAUCGGUGUGAAUACGUAUGAAUUGUUCGGUGACGUCAUAGCGCGCCAGUUGACACACACUGCCAUCCGGGUGAACACGAGCAAUUUCAUGGGAGGCGGCGGGAUAACGAACCCGCCUAACGUUAAAUCGACAGCGCUGACGCUCGACAUUCCCCUUCUGAACUUCACGUUGACGCCGGCCAUGCAAAACAGCUCAUCGGCCCAGUAUAUGAAUGUAUCUGGGGAGUUUUGUAAAGAUGUGAGUGCCUGGUACAGUGACCCCCGCCGCAAUUUGUACCCUUACGGGGGCUGCAAGAUCACUUCCUUCACAAUGGAAUCCAGUGGCAUACCGUACGCACACGUGCAGCUCAUCUUCGAAGAGAUCAUCCAGGAGGAGAUUAAGAACGUUUUCGUCAGCUUCCUCCUCAACAUCAUGAAGGAGAACGCCGUAAGGGUUGACCUCCCGGAUGGCACGGUUGCCCUGAAGGUCGGUGCCCUGUUCGUGUUCAUGGAGUCACUACAAGCGUAGAGUAGCAACGCGGAACCGAUUGUGGGAACCACUCCAAGUGACCGGAAAUAGCACUUCAAGUUUAUUUGUGUAAACUUCUUUAUAACUGUAUAAAUCAAGUGCAUUCGUCGGCAUGACAUUUCUUCUUUUUUUAUAAAAAUGACUUUUUGAAUUUUUCGUGGACAAGUAAAUUUGUGGAAUUCUAAUUUUUUGGAAAAAAAAGGAAAUUGUGUCGGUUAUUUUGCGAUAUGAGCCCUGCUUUGUUAUAAGGGGGUUUAAUGCAUGUGCGAUAGUGUCGCCUCAGAUUAGCCUUUGCAGUCCGCACAGGCUAGAAAGUGACGCCACGUUCCGCUUUUAUGAUAUUUUCGUUUAAAAUGUAUAUUCUUAGCGAAAAUACAUUUUUUGCGUAAAGUGUCGUCCCUGAUUAGCUUGUGCGGAUAGUACGGCUCAUAUGUUUAUGUUCAAUCGUCCACCCACGAUAUCAAUAUAAACUAAUGUCACAUUAAAGAUAAUGUUUUUUUCAGUAAUUCAUAACCUAUUGCGAGUCCGGUGGUAUUUACUAUAAGUUAUCGGAAAAACCGUGUUUACAUACCUUAAGUUAUAUUCUUGUAUGUUUUUAACAAUGUUUGUUCUUUAUUUGAGUCAUUGAUGUCGAACCUAUUGCUAGAUGCGUGGAACCUACUUAAAGUCUCUCUAAAAAGCAAAUCGACACACAUUUUAAACAUUUCAUUGAACUUUUUGUUAAUAUUUAUUUCAACUAUAAAUUUAUAAAUAGUCCAUUCUUGUGUUGGUAUUUGUUGAACUAUUAAUUUUGUAAUAUUGCAAUUCUUAAUUUGGAAUAUUUUUUGUGUUGGUGCAAUUAUUUGUCGGUCGGAAAUAGCAGGCAUCUCAACUACCAUCUUUACGUUCAAUUUUAUUAUUGCAGUGUUUGUUUGAAUCUUUCAAAUGUUUCGUAAGCUUAUCGUUUCAGCAAUGUUAAAGUAACAUGACUACUCAAAAUCAACGUAAAUUUCAAACAAUUGUUCGUAAAAAAAACUUAACCAGUUAAAAAUCAGUAUUCCUUAUGGCAAUUGCCGAAAUUUCAACGCCAAAUGUGGUCUGGUAAAAUAGAUGUUUGUAGAUACAAAAUGCUCGUUUUUAUUAUUGUUUUGCAUAUUAAAUUCCAUUUUAAUUUCCCGCAACGAUAUCUAUUCAUACGACACAUGAACACUUACAUGGACGUUCGUGUAUCGUAUGAAUAGAUAUAUUCGGGGGAAAUUAAAAUGGAAUUAAUUGUGUCACAAAAAAAUAAAAACGAGCAUUUUGUAUCUACUUAAAAAUCUAUGUAAUCAUAUCACAUCUCGCGUUGAAAUUGUGGCUAUUGCUAUAAGGAACACUGAUUAUUUAGGUGUUAACUUUAUUUUACGAAAUACAUUACGAAAUUUCCGUUGAUUUUGAGCGUUAUAGAGACUUAAAAUAAUUUUAUAAUGAACAGAUGCCCAUGCAUUUUAUAUUUAAUUGCUUUUUCUGCUGCUGACAAAGUCUUUGUAAAUCAAAAUAUGGCAAUGGUUUGUAUUGGGACACUGAUAUAUUAGUUUUACUUUUAUAUAAGGUAUGCACAUAUUGUGUAUUGUUUUAGCGACGGGAGUUUCACAAACACGCCUUUACUGAAAAAAUACGAUUGUUUAGUAUAUUGUAUAAUCAAUGCUUGCUGCUUCAUCUACUGUAAUUUUUCAAAAGCGUUUAAUGUAAAUUAAUGAUUCAAAACAAAGUAUUAAUGCUGGUUAUUGUUUUUGUUACUGAUAUAUCUACAUAUCAUUUAUAUGCGCCGAUAUGGACACUUUAAGGCGUAAAUCUUUUGUUAUGAGUUUUACAAUCACAAAAUGCUGAGAUGAAUAAAAUC